CGCCCCUGUCAACGUUAUACUACAUGUAGUAUGCGUGUAUAUCUGAACGACUAUAUUUUUUUUCUGGUACUAUUCAACCACUCGCACACUUUAGGCUGAAAACAUGGAGUCAGCCUUGGUGAAGAUGACCAGAAGUAUCAUGGAUUGUUGCAUUUGUGUUACUGUUAUACUACUUUUAGCCAACAGCGCAAAUGUUUCAGGUGAGAGUCCGACUACACAUAGCGCACCAUUAAACGAAUGCCCGGUCAAGUUACACAUAGAUGGAGAGCAGGGGCCAUCGGCCCGGAUAUCCGACUGUUCUUCAGGCAAGCCAGUGUCACUUUUUACUGAAGGAAUUGCAGAGGAAAUUGAAGUCAAGGACAACGUUUUACCCGCCUUAACACCAAGUUUAUUUUCAAACGUGCCGCCAACAAUUAACUUUGUUAGGCCCGAUCAAAAAGUUGAGGAACUUCCCCAAACAAUACGAGACCGUUUAAAGUAUUAUGCUAGCCCAUCUUCACCUAUUGCCUUUUAUGUUUCUUUAUCUGGGUUUACCCAAACUCAAGAUGUGUGGGAAUACAUAGUAUUUUACGGUCUGCCCUAUCAAAUCAACAUGGCGAGGGACUAUCUGUCCGUCCUACCGCACCAAAAGUUCAACCACAUCCCAGACAGUUGGGCCUUGGGUUGCAAAGAUCAACUAGGGCGUAAUCUUCAAAGGUUUAAAGCAAAAUACGGCGAGGAAGACUAUGGGAUCUUCCCAGAGACGUUUGUUUUACCAGAAGACAAGGUUGCUCUGAAGAGAGCAUGGAAUAGCAGCGACAAACACCGGACCUGGCUCUUGAAACCGCCGUGCGCGUUUGGGGGAAGAGGGAUUGAAGUAGUCCAAGACUGGAAGAAGGUUCCCAAAAAGGAACACACCGUUGUUCAAAGGUAUAUAUCCAAUCCACUGUUGGUUAACGGAUCCAAGAUUGAUUUAAGGGUAUAUGUCCAUGUCACCAGUAUUAACCCUCUUCGGAUAUAUGUCAACCCCGAGGGUCUUGUGAGGAUAUCAGUUGAAAAGUACACUAUGAAAGAUAUCAAUAACAGGGCAAUACAUCUGACAAACAAAGACAUCAACGAUAAAAACUCGCUAUACUACGUGGAUGAACAAUUGGCAGAAGGAAAUCGACGGUAA